ACAAUAAAAUAACUCCUACUGGUGCCUGCAAUGUACACUACUCCAGUGAUAGGAUUAUCAAGAGAGGGGGCGUGGUGGUCACUCAGAGUGGGGGGACAUGCUCCUCCCCGGAGACCUGUACUAACUGUAACGAUGGGUUCUACUCCACAGGUCCAAAGUGUGAAAUUUGUCCACAAAUUGCAAAUUGCAACCACCGUAGAUGUACAAGUGCAGGUGACAACAUUUGCGAGUAUUGUGAUGGAGACAUUGUUUCUAAACCUUACUGGAGGGCGUAUACAUCAGCUCCUAGUAACAAAAAACAGUGUCAAAAGGCCUGUUCCUGGAGAUCAGAUAGUACGAGGUGUUACCCGGGCUCGUGUCAGGAUGAGCUGGCCUCACAGUGUCAGUGUACCAAAGGCUUUACAGGGACUCACUGUGACACAAGUAAGAAUGAUUUGUUUAAAGGAAUAUAAAUGUUGA